UUCAGCGAUUUGCCGCCAUCUUGAAAAAUAGCACGCCACACUUAGCUGUGGUAAAACAAUAUUAGUAAGCUAAAAGCGGAAAUGUUUCCUUUGAAGUAAACUUUGCCGAAAUCAACUUGGGGAAACAUGGAGGCUGUACGAGCAUUUAACAAUGAGCUAUCUUCAUUGUACGAGACGAGGCCCCCUAUUUCAAGGGCUAAGAUGGCCAAUGUUACCAAAUGUGCAAUCAAGGCUAUCAAGUUCUACAAGCACGUUGUUCAAAGUGUUGAGAAAUUUAUUCUCAAAUGUAAACCAGAAUAUAAGGUCCCUGGACUCUACGUGAUUGAUUCCAUUGUGCGACAGUCCAGACAUCAGUUUGGUCAAGAGAAAGAUGUAUUUGCACCAAGAUUUACCAAAAACAUUGUUGCAACAUUUCAAAAUCUGUUAAAAUGCCCAGCAGAGGAAAGGAGCAAGGUUGUGAGAGUCUUGAAUCUUUGGCAGAAGAACAGUGUUUUUCUAAGCGAAGUGAUUCAGCCUUUACUAGACAUGGCAUCAGAUCCAAAUAACCAACAACAUUCAUUAGCUGCACAAAGGGCAGUUGACAGUGUUCUGGCAUCUGGAGCUAAGCCUCAUCACUCAGAGGGUGGACAAGACACAUCAAUGAACACCUCAAUGCAGGCAGAUGAAGGGGAGGAGAAUGUAGAAAAUUCACUCGCUGCCCAGACAGAAAUGUUGAAGACAGUAACACAACUACUGCAACAGACUUCUCAGGGUUCCACCAGCCUGAGUGCACAACAACAACAGUUGCAGCAGCUACAGCUCCUCCAGCAGCAGCUGAUUCAGCACACCCAGCUAAUGCAACAGUCCCAGCAGGGCACCCCUGUCAUAGACAGCAACCUGUUGUCCCACAUCCAGACCCUGACUAACCAGCUCCUCAAGUCCGGCGACAAACCACCGGAGCCAGGCUUCAACAGGAAGCUACUAGAUUUUGACUAUGGAGAAAGUGAUGAUGAGGAUGCAGGCCAACAUGGGCAAUCACAGCCCAGCAUGUUGAAUGAAACACACAUGAUGCAACAAAUCCAGCAGCUCUCACAGACAAUCCAGAAAAGUGAAGAACUGAACAGACAGAAAAUACUGCAGCAACAACAGGCAGAGUUUGAUCAGCAGAUCGGACAUAUGGGAGGCAUGCCCCCUCAGAUGCAUAUGCAGCAUGAUCCUCUUCAUCACCAGAUGGCUCAUCAGAUGCCCCCGGGGUAUGGCCAUGUAAUGCCCCCUGACCAGGCCCAGCAAAUCUUUCCCCCACAGGACAUUGAUGAGAGACCACACCUGCCCCCUGUCCCCCCUCCGGAUGAGGAGGACGACCAGAGGGACCGUAGAGACAGGGAGGACAGGAGACACCGGCGAUCCAGGCACGAUAGAUCUAGGUCAAGAACACCAAAGAAAAGGAGAAGAUCCAGAUCAAAGUCGAGAGAUCGUCGUAGAAGGUCAAGGUCAAGAGACAGGCAUAGGAGAUCCAGGUCCAGAGAUCGAGAAAGGGACAGGCAGAGAGAAAAAGAACGAGAAAGGAGGAAGAAGGGACUACCAGCAAUGAAGGACCAGUGCUUGUCUAUAUGUUCAACCACUCUGUUCAUUGGAAAGAUUUCCAAAACUACGUCAGAAGAUGAACUGCGAGCAGAACUUGAAAAGUAUGGCAGUUUGGAAUCCAUAAAUAUGAUCCCGCCCCGAGGAUGUGCAUUUGUUUGUAUGACUCGCCGUAAGGAGGCAGCUAAGGCUGUUGACAGAAUGAAAGGAAUGCUGUUCAAUGGUAGUGAACUGAGGGUUGCCUGGGCUCCAGGCAUUGGGGUCAAGGAGUCUGCAUUCAAGGACAAAUGGGAUGUUGAGGUCGGGGCGACCUACAUCCCUUGGAGCUCUCUACCUGAGGAUCUCUCCAGUCUGAUUGAUGGUGGCAUUAUAGAUGAAGAUUCAUUGCCUGAAAAUCUUAAAGGAAUAACUUUAGGGAGAGAAAAGCCUGAUGCACAGGAUGAGCCCCCACAACCACUGAUGAACAGCACCCAGAUGCCUCACACUCAGGUCCAGCCCCUCCAACCAGUCAACAUGCCUCCUGGGGGGCCUCCCCCAGGGACCAUGCCACCUCCUCUACCUGGUGCAGGUGUAAUGCCCCCAGGAAUGUUGCCAAGAAUGGGCAUGAUGCCCCAGAUGAUGGUACAGGGAGGUAUGCCCCCACCCCAGAUGUCUGGAAUGCCCCCUGUUGUUCCCUCAGUCUCAAUGACCAUGAGCACAGGAAUCCCCCCAGUCCCUGGUCAGGCGGGAAUGAUCCCACUUCCUGCUGGAAUGCCACCAGGAGGAAUGCCACAAGUGGUACGUCAUCCUGCCACAGUGGUCAGCACUGGAGUACAGUUCUCACAGAACAUGACAAUGGGAACUCAACCCAUGAUGGCAGUUCAGCGUCCAGGACUCCCUCCAGGGGCUGCAUUUCAGAGGUUUUCAAUGCCACCUCAGGGAUUUCUUAGGCCCCCUCAGCCAAACUUUGACCCAAUGAAGCCUUCAAUGCCACCAAACCGACCUCCGUUUGACAUGAUGCAAGAUUCCAAAGACAAACCACCAUUGCCUGGUCAAGACUGGCAGCAAAAACCUGACUUUGACACAAGUGAAAAUAUGGACCUAGAUGAACGUGAUUCAAAACCAGAAAAAAAAUCUAGGUUUAGUGAUGCAACCCCACCUGACAGUUUUAGUCAGGGUGGUCCCCAAAUGGGGCCAGGAAUGGGGAUGAUGGGACAAAUGAGACAUCCAAUGGGAGGAGGAAUGGGUCCAUCUGGUGGAAUGAGGGGACCCAGACCUUUAAUGGAUGCUGGAGGCCCUCCGAAUAUGGGGCCUAGAGGGCCACAAGAUGGACAGAGAUUUAAUUCUCCCAACAUGAUAGGAGGCCCACAGAGAGGGGGAUUUGGCGGUCCGGGGGGUCCACCAGGAUUCAGAGGCAAUAGACCAUUCCAAAGAUUUCCUGGACAGUUCAUGAGGCCUGGAUUUAGGGGGCCUCCAGGUGACAUGAUGAGACCUCCAUUUGAUGGUCCUGGGGGUGAGGAAGGAAAUGAAAUGGACAAUCCUCCUGAUGACCACGAAAGUGAUCACAAACGUAGGAACUCUGGGGAUCGCUGGAGAGACGACCGGGACGAUGAUCGGGAUGGAGACUACAGGGAUUACAGGAGGGACGACUGGAGAGGAGGCCGGGGCAGAGGCAGGGGCAGGGACUUCGGUGGCCGGGGAGGAGGGCGCCGUGACUUUGACCGGCGAGACAGAAAUCGGGAUGACCGUGGGGGAAGGGACAGAGAUUAUGACAGAGGGGACAGAAGGAAUAGAGAUAGAGAAGACAGAUAUAGAGACAGGGAUGACGGUUUCCGUGACAGGAACAGGGAUCGAGAAGAUAGAGGGGAUUGGCGUCAUAGAAACGAUGAUGACAGGAGCAGCAGUAGAAAGGAGGCCUCUGCCUGGGGCAGUGCCUUGGAAGAAAUGAUGAAAACUGUUGUGAUUCCACCACCAGGUGACGGAAACGCAGAGCAAACAGAUGACAAAGGACCUACAGAAGAAGCAGCUCCUGCUCCCCCGGUCACUAUUCCAGCGGUUCCAGUCCCUCCCACUCUGGAGGAACCGGCCAGCGUGGGAGACAACAAUAGUGAAGAGGUCAGUGGUGGAGGGAACAGUAGCGAAGCAGAGUUUGUUCCUCCUGUAGCACCUGCGCCACCAGCUGAUGACAUUGUUAAACAUAACGGACCAGAAGUGACAAGUGAUAGUGUUCCUAACGGGGAGGAUAUAAUCCCUCCCGCUCCUGAACCCGAGAUUGUGACAGAGAAAAAAGAAAAAGUGCCGGAUGAUUUAGAGGAGGGAGAGAUUGAGUGAUGCUUGUGUGCAUUAGGUUCAUCUUUCAGUUCUUAGGUCUUAUUAUGCAGCAUGGUGUCAAGAUUUUUAUGAUCUCCUUCAUAGUUUUGUGAAGUUUGGAUACUUGUUCAUAUGCAGUUCAUACUUACUGUUUUUUAACAAGCAGAUGUUUGAAUUAAGAUUAAUUAUUAAUGAGCCAUUAAGUAAAAUGUGCCAUUGUAAAUCUGCAAGAUAAAUGCAUUCUUGUAAGCACCAAGUGGAAUUUGAUUAUAAAAAAAAAUUGUGUAUAGAAUCUGAUAUUCAAGCAUUUUAAUUAAGGAAGGUUUCAUUUGAUAAAUCCCCAGCAAUGUAUUUGAAUUACCGUAGGUGUAUGCUUUACAUUUCUUGCAAACAGGAACAUAUUUAUUGUUAUAAAGUGCAUUAAGAAGCCACUUUACUAAAAUCCUGUUGUUUGACAAUUACAUUAAAGUAUUCCAGAUGUUGUUGAGUUUUCCACAUGUAAAUUGUGUCAUUUUUAUUCUGUUCAUACACACCAAUUUUAUAUAAUGAUGUGGCGAACUUAUUUUUUACCAAGUUGAAUGUUGUAUGGAGACUAGUGAAUGGUGUGUAAGGAUUGGAUAUUUUGUGCAAGGGUGUGUUAAAGAGAUGUGUGCUCAAAUGGGUGGUUAUUUACAAACCACAUAAAAUAAAAAAUAACUAAACAAAUUCUGUGCUUGACUUUGUACACUUUUUUUCCUCUCAUCUGUUUACAUUUUGCUGGCAUUAUUCAUUAAUUGUUAUAGUAUUCACUUUCCACUCAAGAAAAUCUGAAUCAUUGGAGUUGGAAUGUUACAAAUCUACUUAAAGCUUCUCAAAGUGAAGAUAAAAAUAUAUUAGGAAUGUAAAUUCCAGAGAAAUUUCGGUUUGUGAAAUAAGUGUUCUAUUACGUGGUUAGAGUUGAGAUGUAUCAUGUUAGAUGAGUUAGAUGAGUUAUUACAAGAACAGGUAAUGUAAUCUACAAAAAGAGGAGUUGAGAAUGGAAGAAUCCUAGCCGGAAGUGCACCAGACAGGAAAUAGCAGACCAGCGGAUGUGAACGGUUUGUACCGUGGACUUGACUAUUAUAGAUGAUUUAAUGUUUUGUAGCUUGUUUUGAUAUGUGUAAAUAAUCAUGUGGUAUCCAUUCAAAA